UCGACGAGGCAGCAAAGAGAAAUGUUGAUACAAUCGAUAUUUAUUAAUAUUUUGGCCAUUCUUUUGGUCUGCUGGCUGGGACACGUCACUUGCCAAUCAUCAGCCGAUGAUCAAGAGCUUGAAAUCGGAAUAAAAGGAGAAGGACCUCCGGAAAAGCAAGAGUUUUCUUGGAAUUAUGAUGAACAGCAAAACUGACAAUUCGGCGAUAUGGAAGAUAACUUUUAAGUUCAGUAAUACUUUGUAUUCCUAAAUAUUCCAAUGCUUAUAUUAUAAGCAAUCACUUGCUGCUUAUCAGUAAUGGUAUAACAGCAUAAACUUUGCAAUACUUUUGGGCUGAUGGAAAACUGCAAUUGAAGCAAAUAAAUCAACAUGACAUUUUAUUUUUAA